AUGAAUAAACAUUCAUCUGGUACUAUUAAAAAGAAUAAAAAAGCCAGAAAUAAAAAGCAAUUACAAAAGCUUAGUGCUAAUCAUGAAACCACUGUCUUUGCCGCUACUGCUGGUUUGGAUCAAGCCAUUCGAUUGACCAAAGAGAAAGUUGCUAAGAUCGCAUCUGAAUGUCAUGAACAAAAUCGAAAAUUUCGAGAUCGUGAAUUCGAUUUAUUUGUAAACAUGGAUGAUUGUCUUUAUGAUAAGAAAAAAACGACAUUUGGAGCUACCAAUAUACAACGUAUCAAUAAAAUUUGUAAAGAACCACAAUUCUUUAUUGAUGGUGUUGAACCAAAUGAUAUUAAACAAGGAGGUGUUGGUGAUUGUUGGUUUAUAGCUUCAUUGGCCGUCAUUACAAAUAUUCCAAAAUUAUUAGAAACCAUUUGUGUGGCUAGAGAUGAAGAAGUUGGUGUUUACGGUUUUAUUUUCUUUAAGGAUGGUGAUUGGGUUUCAACCGUAGUUGAUGAUCAACUCUUUACAUCCGCUUAUGCAAAAGUUCAUGGUGAUUACGAAAGUAUUGUAGGAGGUUGGACUGGUGAAGGGAUAGAAGAUAUAACUGGUGGUGUCUACACGCUACAAUUCACUGCCGAUAUCUUGAAUAAAGAAAGAUUUUGGAAUGAUGUAUUAAAACAUGUUAAUAAUAACUUAUUAUUAGGAUGUGCCAGAUUUGAAUCUAGUGAUACAGAUAUUAAAGAUUUAAAAGGAACUAUUAGCGGUCAUGCUUAUAGCAUUUUACGUACUGAUGAGUGUGAUGGUAUUAAACUUUUACAAGUAAGAAAUCCUUGGGGAACGACUGAAUGGACUGGUGCUUGGAGUGAUGGGAGUAAAGAAUGGACUCCUGAACGUAUGAUUAAACUAAACCACAGAUUCGGUGAUGAUGGUACUUUCUGGAUGAGUUAUGAUGAUUUCCUUAAUUAUUGGGAUAUGAUUGAUAAAUGUAGAUUAUUUGAUUCAAGUUGGACU